AUGAAGACCACUUCUGCUGCACUCCUCGCGCUGACCGCCGGAAGCGCUUCGGCGCAGUUCUUCGUACUCUACGGUAGAGACACUGUCGUUUCACGUAUUGAUCCCAUCAUUUCGCCUGGAGGCAUCGGCAUGCAUGCACAUGAGUUCAUGGGUGCCGGUAACAUUGAUCAGAAUUCAGAUUACGACUCACUACAGAAGUCGACCUGCUCGAGCGUGGGACGUGCCAAUGGUAACCCGAUUAUCGAGGACAAGAGCGCCUACUGGCACCCUACCCUCUAUGUCAAGGCCAACAACGGCACCUACCUCAGAGUUCCCACCAAUGGACACCAGAUCUACUACAUCAAUGCUGGCACUGGCCAGAUGCGCGAGCCCUUCGAGUUCCCCAAGGGCUUCCGUAUGACCGCUGGAAACGCAUACAUCCGUGCCGCGCAAGAGCACACUCCUACUAACAAGGAUGACAUCACUCAGUGGAUCUGCCACCAAUCUCCUUCAUGGAACCAAGGCACUCAAGGCGGCUUCCCCAAGGGUGUCACUUCUUGCUCGCAGUACCCAUACUUCAAUGGUGCCAUCGAGUUCCCUCACUGCUGGAACGGCAAGGACUUCAACCUCAACUCUCCCUACUCUCACGUCGCUUAUCCUGUUGGCGACAUCAGAAACGGAGCCUGUCCCGAUACUCACCCGAUUAGGCUUCCUCAUCUCUUCAUGGAGAACAACUACGAUCUGUCAAGCCUUGAGGGACAGUUCGAGGUCGAUUCGUUCGUGCUCUCUAACGGAGAUCCUACCGGCUACGGCUUCCACGCCGACUUCUUCAAUGGCUGGCAAGAAGGCGUUCUGCCUGACCUCCUCAGCGGCUCCAACGCUUGCGAUUCGCACGACGUUGGCGACUGCUCUGGUGUCACUUUCGACUCGAGCAUGAACUGGGCUCAGUGUACGACUACUAACAACUUCUCCGAAGAUCUUGACGGUCCCCUGUCUGCUCUGCCUGGUUGCAACGCCAUCACCACGGUCAACCCUGCCCCACAGUGCAAGGCUUGCGCCGUUGGCGUGGUAGGUGGACAGUGCAAUGCGCCCAGUUCCAUGACUACUAGCACAAAGAAGGCAUCUUCAACAUUCAAGACCACCACCAAGGCUGCAUCUUCAACAAUGCAGACCUGGCAGACAACUACCACUACCACUAGAACCGUGACUUCGACAACGACCCAGCAGUCGACCACCACUGUGACCAGCGAUGCUCCCAAAAGCACUGAUUGUGAUUACUAG